AUGCCCAAGCUACGAGUACUGAUCCAUCCGGGUAGAGUCAUGCCCGAAGUCCCCGAAAAUAUGCAGGACAAUAUUGCCCAGAUGGAACACCACGCUCGCGACCCUCGCCGGCAGCAACCCCCGCCCCAGUACCCGCGCGCGCAGUUCCCGGAGCGAACCUCCUCCGCGAUGCAAGGCCCACCGCAACACACCCAGGCCCACGACCCCAGCGCCUACGCGCAAUCCGCAACUUAUGACAGCAUGGACCACCCGAACUUCUCGCCAUUUCCCGUGUUACGGAACCCGCCGCCCAAUGUUCCGCCGACCGACGAGCAGAGAGAGGCCAGUCUGGAGCGCGCCCGAAUGGCGGUGUUGUCGACCACGGAUCCCGAAAUGCAAUUGGCGUGGGCUCAGGAUGCCCUGGCCUAUGUUGAGGUGGCCGCCCAGAACGAAGCCCGUCUGGGGUUGACACAACCCCCGCGCCCCCAGACACCGCAGGUGGAACGGCAGUUGAGAGUCGAUGCGUUGAACAUUGUCAACUUCCUGGCUGACCAGCACCAUCCCAAGGCUGAAUUCAUCAAGGGCAUGUGGCUCGAAUUCGGUAAAUUUGGGUUCCGCGUUGAUCGAAAAGAGGCAUUCCGAUGCUACUCACGGGCUACCGAGAAGGGCUUCGCGCGCGCAGAGUACCGCAUGGGAAUGCAGUUUGAGAGUUCGGGCGAACCGGAGAAGGCAAUCAAACAUUACGAACGUGGCGUGAAGAUGUCAGAUUCCGCCUCAUACUAUCGCCUGGGAAUGAUGAUUCUCCUUGGCCAGCAUGGUCAGCGUCAGGACUUCCAGAAGGGGCUGGAUUAUAUUCGACUGGCGGCGCAGUCCUGCGAUCAGAACGCGCCCCAGGGUGCCUAUGUCUACGGUAUGCUUUUGGCGCGCGAGCUCCCUCAAGUAAGCGUCCCAGAGGCCUUCAUGCCUCCGGAUCUCAACAUGGCGCGAGUCAAUAUUGAGAAGGCUGCGUACCACGGUUUCGCCAAAUCCCAGGUCAAAAUGGGUGCUGCAUAUGAACUCGGCCAGCUGGGUUGCGAUUUCAACCCCGCCCUGUCUUUGCACUACAAUGCGCUGGCAGCUCGCCAGGGGGAGCCGGAGGCGGAGAUGGCCAUCAGCAAGUGGUUCCUCUGUGGACAUGAAGGCGUUUUUGAGAAGAACGAUGAGUUGGCGUUUACUUAUGCACAACGCGCGGCUCAAAGUGGCCUGCCAACAGCCGAAUUUGCUUUGGGGUACUUCUACGAAGUUGGCAUCUUCGUGGCGGUGGAUAUCAAGGAAGCCCGAAGUUGGUACGCCAAGGCUGCGGCGAGCGGGAACAAGGACGCGACUGGUCGGAUCGAUAGCAUCUCGCGUUCAAAGACUCUAUCCAGGAAAGACCACGAGAAAGUGGCAAUUGCCCGGAUCAGGUCGCGGUAUGGAUCGCACCAGCGAGGAGCAUCCCUGGAGGCGACUCCAGAAAAUAUCGAAAUGCCAGACCCGUCACGGAUGACCUUGUCCGACAAUCCCCCGUCCGCAGCGCCCUACCCUGAUCGUCCCAACUCUCGCCCCCGGCCUCCGGGCCAUCCCAGCUACCAGAUGCCAGAUCCCCGUCCAAGCUCUGCGUUUGGAGUCAACCCGAACCUUCGCUCCAAUGGGCCGCCGGGCUACGGUGGCCCCCCGCCUCUAUCUGCCCAGUUCUGGAACGCCGAUCAGCGCGCCUGCUGGGCCAACCAGCCCCCAGGCCGCAAAUAUGAUCAGUCCCUCGGGGACGCCUCGACUCGACAUUGGUUAUUCUGCACCGGUGCCACCCCCUGGUAUGGACCGACGCCGUCCCGGACGAUUGGACGCGGCGCCUCCGGAUCGGAAGCCUGUCAGAACUCCUGUACCGGGCCCCGGUGGACCGUUACCUUCCCCCGUCCCUCAGCAUCUCCUCGCCCGCCGGGCUCUCCUUCGUUCCCUCCGCGGAUGGAAUCCCGGCAGCCCUCGAGAGGUUCGGCGUCCUCCACACCUCAGCCGUCGACAGCUUCGUCGACCCCCUCGGCACCCAAACCUGGACAGCCGCCGAAGCCCAGUAGUCAGGGCUUGCCAGGUAAAGGACCCAAGACCUUCGAAGAGAUGGGAGUGCCCAGUGCCAAGAAUGACAGUGAUUGCAUUGUGAUGUGA